CGUGAUGACCGCUUGUCUUCUGCUAGAAGCUUCGCUGGAUGUGGUCUGAGGAUCCCGAGUGUUACGUUAAAAACCUUGUUUUUACUGCAAAUCCAGAUAUUCAAUCAAGUCGCAUCCUUUUCUCUUUCCUACUGAAACCCAUCUGUGAGUAACUCAACCCACCUCAGGAUGUCAGCGAAAGCAAUCCGAGAAGCAGGAGGUAAAGCCCUUCUGGGAAGGCAUCUCAAAUCAGCAUCAGUCGCACCGUACCGUGGCGCCACGGUAACAGAGGAGGUUAACUGGGAUGAACUCGUCAAUGCAAACCCUUGGCUUCUGACAGAGCGUCUGGUUGUGAAGCCUGAUCAGCUAAUCAAACGUCGUGGCAAACUUGGUCUCAUCAAAGUCAAUGCUGAUCUACAAGGUGUCAAAGACUGGCUUACUACCAGACUAGGACAGAAUAUUGAGGUUGGAGCUGCUAACGGCAAACUGAAGAACUUCCUGAUCGAGCCGUUUGUUGCUCACAAACCAGAGGAUGAGUUCUACGUCUGUAUCUACUGCCAGCGAGCUAGUGAUGUCAUUCUCUUCACCCACGAGGGCGGUGUUGACGUUGGUGAUGUCGACGCCAAGGCUGUUAAGCUGGAGAUUGGCCUGCAAGAAGAGAUAACAGCUGAGGGAAUCAAGACUGCGCUUCUCUCCAAUGUAACUGCUGGGAAGAAGGAGAUGGUGGCUGGCUUUGUGUUAGACCUGUAUCAGCGGUUCCGUGACCUGUACUUCACAUACCUGGAGAUCAACCCACUGGUUGUGACUGACAAGGUCUAUGUAUUAGAUCUUGCUGCUAAGAUUGAUGCUACUGCCGAGUACCUGUGCAAGGUUCAAUGGGGAGACCUGGAAUUCCCUCCUCCUUUCGGUCGGGAAGCUUUCCCUGAGGAAGCAUAUAUUGCAGACCUUGAUGCUAAGAGUGGUGCAUCCCUGAAGCUCACCAUCUUGAAUCCAGUCGGUCGUAUCUGGACGAUGGUGGCAGGGGGAGGUGCUUCAGUCAUCUACAGUGACACCAUAUGUGACCUUGGUGGAGCAGCAGAGCUAGCAAACUACGGUGAGUACUCUGGCGCCCCCAGUGAGGGUCAGACGUACGAGUACGCCAAGACGAUCCUCGGUCUGAUGACCAGAGAGCAGCACCCUGACGGCAAGGUGCUCAUCAUCGGAGGAGGGAUUGCUAACUUCACUAAUGUCGCAUCUACAUUCAAGGGCAUUGUGAAAGCUCUAAAGCAGUUCCGUGAGAAGCUGAUUGAGUUCAGGGUGUCUAUCUAUGUGAGACGAGGAGGUCCUAACUACCAAGAGGGUCUACGAGUCAUGAGAGAGCUGGGUGGAAACCUUGGUGUUCCUAUGUAUGUGUUUGGUACUGAGACUCACAUGACAGCCAUUGUAGGCAUGGCUCUAGGAAAGAGGGAAGUCCCUGAAACACCUCCUACAGACUCCACCACAGCCAGCUUCCUCCUCUCCGGAAGUGCGUUUUUACCCAAACCAGCAGAAACCCAGGGUGCAUCACCAGUAGUUGCUCGUAAAGAGAAGUCUGCCUCUGAUACUGAUGGUGUCAAGGUCACUAGACCCCUCGCAGGAGUAAGUGGAGCGGGAGCUGCGUCUGGCUUCAGGACACUUUUCACUAACACCACCAAGUCGUUCAUCUUUGGAAUGCAGCCUAGAGCUGUUCAGGGUAUGUUGGACUUUGAUCACUCCUGCAGACGAGAUGAACCCUCCGUUGUUGGUAUGAUCUAUCCAUUCAGUGGUGACCACAAGCAGAAGUUUUACUGGGGUCACAAAGAGAUCUUGAUCCCAGUCUACAAGUCCAUGGCUAAAGCUAUGAAGACACACCCUGAUGUAGAUGUCGUCAUCAACUUUGCUUCUCUCAGAUCAGCUUACGAUAGCACUGUAGAGGUCUUGACAUAUCCUCAGAUUAAAACCAUCGCUAUCAUUGCUGAGGGUAUCCCUGAGAACAAGACUCGUAUCCUCAUAGACAUGGCCAACAAGAAGAGCGUCACUAUCAUCGGACCUGCAACGGUUGGAGGUAUCAAGCCUGGUUGCUUCAAGAUCGGUAACACCGGUGGAAUGUUGGAUAACAUCCUCUCUUCCAAGCUCUACCGUCCAGGCAGUGUGUCCUACGUCUCUAGAUCAGGAGGAAUGUCCAAUGAGCUCAACAACAUCAUCUCCAGGAAUGCUGAUGGUGUCUAUGAAGGUGUCGCCAUAGGAGGAGACAGAUACCCAGGAACAACCUUCCUUGAUCACAUCCUCCGUUACCAUGACGAUCCAGAGGUUAAGAUGCUGGUCAUGCUGGGAGAGGUUGGUGGUACUGAGGAGUAUGAAGUAUGUUCAGCUAUUGAGUCAGGACGCAUCACAAAGCCCAUGGUGGCAUGGUGUAUCGGUACAUGCUCAACCAUGUUCACUUCAGAGGUUCAGUUUGGCCAUGCAGGAGCCUGUGCUAAUGGUGAGAGGGAGACGUCCAGCGCUAAGAACCAAGCUCUCAGGGUCGCUGGAGCGUAUGUACCAGGCAGCUUUGAUGACCUAGGAGAUAAGAUUGCGGAGAUCUUCCAAGGUCUUGUAUCUCAAGGUGUUAUCACACCUAAGGAGGAACAACCACCACCAACCGUCCCUAUGGAUUACAACUGGGCUAGGGAGCUUGGUUUGAUCCGUAAACCUGCGUCCUUCAUGACUAGCAUUGUAGACGAGAGAGGAACAGAGCUGAUCUACGCUGGGAUGCCUAUCACCGAGAUCUUUGAGCAAAACAUUGGUAUGGGUGGUGUGCUUUCACUUCUAUGGUUCCAGAGAAGAUUACCACCCUAUGCAACCAAGUUCAUUGAGAUGUGUUUGAUUGUCACAGCUGAUCAUGGUCCUGCUGUAUCAGGAGCUCAUAAUACCAUCGUCACUGCUAGGGCAGGCAAGGACCUCGUCUCAUCACUCACAUCGGGUCUUCUUACAAUCGGAGAUCGUUUUGGAGGUGCAUUGGAUGCUGCAGCCAAGCAGUUCAGUGAGGCAUACGAUACCAAUCUCAUUCCAAUGGAGUUCGUCAACAAGAUGCGUACCGACCAUAAACUCAUCAUGGGAAUCGGACAUCGGGUCAAAUCGCUGAACAACCCUGACCAGAGGGUAGAGAUAUUGAGGGACUACGUAACGAAGAACUUCCCAGUCUGUCCGCUUCUUAACUACGCUCUGGAGGUGGAGAAGAUCACUACAGCUAAGAAACCCAACCUGAUCCUGAAUGUGGACGGUGUGAUUGGUGUGGCUAUGGUGGAUCUCUUCAGGAACUGCGGAGCAUUCACAGCUGAAGAAGCCAAUGAAUAUGUUGAGAUAGGAGUCCUGAAUGGUCUCUUUGUCCUUGGGCGUAGCAUGGGCUUCAUUGGUCAUUAUCUGGAUCAGAAGCGACUGAAGCAAGGUCUCUACCGCCACCCAUGGGACGACAUCUCUUACGUACUCCCAGAGGCACACCCUACUGUCUGAGAGAGAGAGAGAUCCACUGAGUCGAUGUCAUCCAAUGUCUAAGACCAAAGCUACAUGUAUGUCCCUUUAUUCAGUGUUGCAUCCACACGAUGGUAGGUCCUACAAACUUCCAAAAUAGUUUUGUCUUGUAUGAAUGUACCAGAUAGUGGAGUCAAUCUUAUUUUUGUGUAAUAAGUUAUUACUGGAAAAUGGUGUUGACUAAAAUCUGUCUUAGACAUGACUGAGCUAUUUGUACUUGAGGACAGGAUGUAUGAUUGAUCAUUCACUUUCAAUGUUUGUAUUAAAGGUAAAGACCAGUUUUGGAAACGCCCCCAUCACAAAAAA